AUGUCGACCGAAGAGGUCGAUUACGAUGCCAUAACAUGGCCAGCACAGCUCACACACGGGCUCCACCGAUCCAUGUACCCACUUCUGGAGCCCAGCAAUCCAGCUCUCGCAACAGACAAGACAGUUUUGAUCACCGGCGUUUCGGGCGGAAUUGGACGCGCAAUCGCAAAAGCAUGGAUGAUUGCCGGCGCAAAAGGAAUUGUGAUUAGUGGACGAAGAGAAGACGCGCUCAAGAAGGUCGAAACCGAGUUGCGUGAGCUCGGCAAAAAGACGAAGAUAGUCGUUGUGCCCGCGGAUGUUACCAACGAAGAGAGCGUCGAGAACCUCUGGAAGCUCGCAACAGAAGCAUUGGGGAGAAUCGACGUCCUCAUAAAUAAUGCGGGGAGCUUGGUACAAGCCAUGAUCGGAGAAGGCCAGCCAUCGGAAUGGUGGCAGGAUUUUGAAGUAAACAUAAAAGGCGUCUACCUUAACAUCCACCACUUCCUCGCACAAGCCCACGGUGGCCCCGGAACUGUCAUCACCCUCUCAACAAGCAUACUGGGCGAAACGUUUCCAAAGUUCGCAUCCUACAUCCCCAGCAAACUCGCGCAGACAAAGGUCAUGGAGUUUCUGAACGCUGAGCAGCCGAAUAUUCGCACGUUUAGCGUUUUUCCCGGUGUGGUGGCGACAGAUAUGCCGCCGAAAGAGUAUAUCGAUUACGCGCUCGACGAUCCCAUGUUGACGGGUGGAUUGUCUUUGUUCCUGUGCACUGACAGGGCGGAAUGGCUACGGGGAAGCAUGGUGAGCGUGAACUGGGACCUGGAAGAAAUGGAGCAGCACAAGGAAGAAAUACUGGAGAAGAAACUAACGAAACUGGCGUUCACGACGGCGGAAUUUGGGAAAGGGGGACAUAAAUGGGCGACGUAG